CUUUGUGAUUGAGGCACUCAGUAUCUGGAUGGGCAGACACAGGGAAGAGCACUGAACAGUCAGGAGGUGUGAAUAAAGGUUUCCUGCCCUGCAUACAAGAGUGUGAAGAUUUCUGGGGAAGCACUGUGGCAGCCUCUCACUCGACUAAACUGUGGGGAUGGAAAGGUGAAUCAGGAGAGGCUGCUUGUGGAAGUCAGACCAAAUAGCAGGAGGUAUUACAGCAAGAUGAAUUCGGGAAAGGACCAGUCUCGCUUGACGCUCCACCAGACACCUGGUCGUCAUCAAGAAGAGAACCAUGUUCCAGAAACUAUUGGAACUUGGAGUCUGCGAAACAGAGAACAACUCAGGAAAAGAAGAUACGAAGCACAAGAGAAGCAAACUUCACAAUGGCAAUUUGGAGAGAAAAAAUGCAAGAAGCCAAGGACAGGAAAAGGAAAUAAAAGAGGCAGAAAGAGACAACAAAACACAGACCUGAAGGCAGAGCCUCAGUCACAAUUUAAAAAGGACACAGGGGAGAAAGCACUGGCGCCUACGGAGAAAGAAACUGAACCGCCUAGGACUAUAACAGAAGCGCUCUCUCUGGUAGCCUCUCCCAAAAAAGAUGUGCCUGAGAAACAAUUUUCUGCCAUGGAUCAAGAAACCAUUGUACAUCAGGAAAAUUCUUCUGAGUUACAAGAAACAGCAACACAAAACCACCCUUCUGAAACAUGCCAAGAUAUGGCUGACCCUGAAGUCCUCUCUCCUAAAAUGUGCCAAGAAACAGCCAUACUUCAAGGCCACCCUUCCAGAGUGUGCCCUGAUAUGACUAAACCUGAAGACCUCUCUCCUAAAAUGUGCCAAGAAAUUGCUGUACUUCAAGACCAUCCUUUCAGAAUGUGCCCUGAUAUGGCUGAACCUGAAGCCCUCUCUUCUAAAAUGUGCCAAGAAACAGCCAUACUUCAAAGCCAUUCUUCCAGAAUGGGCCCUGAUAUGACUAAACCUGAAGACUUCUCUCCUAAAAUGUGCCAAGAAAUCGCUGUACUUCAAGGCCAUCCUUUCAGAAUGUGCCCUGAUAUGACUGAACCUGAAGAUCUCUCUCCUAAAAUGUGCCAAGAAACAGCUGUAGCCAAAGUCCUUCCUUCUAAAACUGAAGACAGAGCUGACCUGGAAGGGUGCUCUCCUGAAGCAUUCCCCACACCAGAUGUGCCUAAAGGCUAUGCUCAUGAAACACACCAAAAAAGAGCUGAAUCCGAGGAACACAAUUCUGAACCAGAUCAAGGAAUGGGUGAGAUUGAAAGCUUCUUGCCUAAAACAGAAGAAAUAGCUGUGCCUAAAGACCCUUCUAUAAAAACACACCAAGAAACAGUUGAACCUGAACGCUUCUCUCAUGAGACAUAUAAAGAAAUUGCUGUGCCUAAAGCACCCUGUCAUGAGACAAUCCAAGAAAUACCUGCUGAUGAGGAAUAUUCACCUGAAAUAUACCAAGAAACACCGGAGCCUGAAGACUAUGCAUCUGAAAUAUACCAAGAAACACCUGGGCCUGAGGACCUGUCCACCAACACAUAUAAAAAUAAGGAUGUGACUAAAGAAUGCUUUCCAGAACCAUACCAAGGAACAGGAGGGGCCCAAGGCGAGAAUCCUAAAGGACACCAGGAGGAUGCUGAGGAUGUUUAUGCUUUUCCUCAAGAAAUGAGAGACAAACCCAAGGCAGAAGAACCAGAGAUGCCAGCAAUUCCAAACAUUCCUCAAGAGAUUCAUCCAGAAAAUGACGUCUAUAGUUAUGUUUUGUUUUAACGAUGCUCAACCAUCAUAAUUGUCCAGCAAAAUACACAUCUUAAUAUUCGUGUGAUUUUCUCAAAAUAUUGUAUAUCUCUACAAUA